AAAACGUCAUCAAAAGGCGCCUGUCAGUGUGCUUUGCUUGUGCGACUCAGGCAUAGGCUGCUUUAUAUGAUAUUUUGUGGACAAAAAAGAGUUUAAAAUGCCUAUGAAAGGACGGUUUCCGAUCAGGAGGACUCUGGAGUAUCUGCAGAAGGGAGACAUCGUGUUUAAAAACAGAGUGAAGAUCAUGACGGUGAACUACAACACACAUGGAGAGCUGAGCGAGGGAGCAAGAAAAUUUGUGUUCUUCAACAUUCCUCAGAUUCAGUAUAAAAACCAGUGGGUGCAAGUCAUGAUGUUCAAAAAUAUGACCCCGUCGCCGUUCUUGAAGUUCUACCUGGACGAUGGAGAGCAAGUGCUGGUGGACGUUGAAGGAAAGGACCACAAACAUAUUUCCGACCAUGUGAGGAAGAUUUUGGGCAAAACAGAAGAAGUGUUACAAGCUGAGGCUCAGGCCAAGAUGCAGGAAUCCAACCCGGCAAACUUUGGUCCCAGGAAGUACUGCCUGCGGGAGUGUAUCUGCGAGGUGGACGGCCAGGUGCCGUGUCCCGGGACCACCGCUCUGCCAAAAGAGAUGACGGGCAAAUACCGCACCAAGAUGGCAGCAGCUCAGGAGUGAGCAGCUGAAGAGAGCCGAGUACUGUAAAUGGACAAUUUUAUGGUUUGGUGUUGUUUAUGAUUUUGUACGAAUACACAAGAGGACUCCUGCAUUGCAUACUUUGCUGUAAAUAUGAGUAAUUAAAGGGGUCCCACUAUGCUGUGCAUUGUGAGAACGUUACUGGACUGAGACUCUUGAGUCCACCAUGAGCAGCAGGAACCUUCAAACACACGAUGAAAACUGGUCGAGGUUUGGGUCACUUGAUAUCCGUUUAUACGUGAGGUGUCUGGAUUGACAAAUCAACACAUCCGGAUGCAAUUUACAUCCAGCCCAGUGUCAACACUGCAAUGUAAACAUUAAAAUAAAAAUGAUUUGCUUACGUGGCUGUAGUUGUCGCUCUGUUUGAACCUUAGGAAUCUAAGUCCUGAGCGAGCGUAACCACAGCGUUUUCACGUGAGACAGGAUUAAAUUGAGAAGCAAAACUUCUACCAGAUUUAUGACAAGAACGAGGAACAUUUUACAGAGACAACGUUUUUAUUGGUGCUGAGAUGGAAUUGUAAUAAAUUGAUGUCUGUGUGAUUUAAAAUCUGUUACCAAAUUAGCUAAACUGCUUAUUCACCAUGAAGCUCCUGGAGUUAUUCACACUGUCACAAAACAUUUACCGUGUCACAUGUUUUACUUAACAUCUGACAGCACAGAUAAGCAAAGUGAGUUUAGCAGACGACACAAAAAACGGAAGUCUAAUGACGAUAAACGUGGACAUUCUGACUGACAGGAAAGACACAUAAAUGUUAGGAUGUAGCAGCACAGAGUGAUAAUACUUGCUGGCAUGUAGUGUACAUUUAUCUGACAAACAAAAACUGUCUAAUGUUGCUGUUGGGCAUUAAGUCAGUCUUAAUGCUGAUUCCUAUCUGUAAACUAUGAUUCCAGUGAAUUCUGGUGCUUAAUUAGUUGCCUAUGAUGUGCUUCGGCAGAUAGUGUUCAGUUGAUGGUGAGUGCCGUUUGGAUGAACUCUUAAUGGACUUGUUAGAUGACUACCACACAGAUAACAUGCUUCACAUACAGACCUCGGCCAACAGCACAUUACAGGAGCUAUGUGUUUUGAGAUUUGAUCAGAAUGUGUA